GCAAGGAAGCUAACAAACGCAUUCAGACCUAGACAACUGAAGCUUUCUUCAAACAAAGGUAAAUUUUUGAACAAGACCGUGGCCGACUGCGCUGCGACUUACUCUAAAAACAUGGAAGGCUAUCCACUACUUCUCAGAAACUAUGUCGUCGUAAUGGGGAUCUUUGCUACAUUUCCAAGUAUUUCCACAGGUGACACUCCAACCUGUGUUCGUGUAGUCUGUAUUUUUAGUAGUCUGGGUCCCUUGGAACAUAUUUUCAGUACAUUCCUAAAGCUUUCAUUUUUUUUUUUACUUUUUCCUUACAGCUUUCAGUCAAGGAUCGAUUGGCAACUUUUUCUACGUCAACUUCAUGAUAAGUGAAUUUUCCUACCUGAAUAUCACAAGUAUUGGACGGAAUCUUAUUCAAAACGAAAACGAUUGUGGCUACGCCUGUUUAGAAAAUUCCUCAUGUUUUUCCUACAAUGUGGCUGCCUUCCCUGAUGUCAACGGCAAACUUCUUUGCGAACUCCUGCCAUCGGACAAGUUUAACAACUCGGACAAGUUCAACGCCAGUAAAGAGUUUCAUCACUUUUAUAUUCCGGUAAGUCAAACAUCUAAUUAAUGAAAAAUGUUCCUUCUGGAGAAAAUAAAAAGUUUCUUCUUGUUUUGUUUGUGUAAUUAUUUUCUUUUGACUCUCGCUAGUUUCGAAAGUUAGCAUUUGUAAAUCAAAAUUUAUCUCUUCGCUUGGAAAAUCUUGAAUGCAGUGGAUUACGUUGUGCUUCAAAUGCAAAGGAAUAGGCUAAUGAGUUUGGAUAAAAAAUAAAUAAAUAAAAAAACCUUAUAAAAGUCUUACGACCAAGUUAAACCUUUCUGUUAAACCUUUAAUUUGACCAUCUGCUGAUGCCCAAACAUACUUGAUGAAAUCGAUAUAUUUAUGUUCGGAUGUCCUAAACGUUAGUGAGGGGGGAGUUGCAGACAAAGGUCUCGACUGAAAUAUUUUUCGACAAAAGCGUUCAGCUCUUAAAACACAUUUGUCAUAUCAUGAAUUUGCUUAUUAUUUGUUUGCAUACUUGGAUUACCUUAAAAGUUACAGAAACGUUUUAAUAUUCCUAUUUUAGGCUAAUCUUUCGCCGGUUAGACUAUAUCAGCACAACGCCUUGAAAUUCGGUAGCAUCUGUGCAAAUUUCUGGGUAAAUGAAACAGCGUUACUCUCAAAACCUCACUAAAUACUCAAGUGAGCAAACCCACGGGGGAGUGCAAAAGAUAAAAAUGUAUAUUGCGUCCUUAAUUAUAUCGAUGUCAUCUAAGCAUCGACAUGUAUGUCAAAUUCGUUGCUUUUUGAAUCCAUGAAACAAAGCGAAAGGGAAACAAAGAAAAUUUAAUCCCAACUUUUGUAGGUUUACAGUAAGCUGAAUUUAAUCUAGGGUUCGGCUCGUUGAAGUAAUUAACCUCAUAUAGUGAAGACAAUGAAUGUCUUUAGUUUUCGUGCUGAAAGUUAACUGAGGCCCCGAAACUUUCUCACUUUCUAGUGCUUUUCUUGUUCUGUUUGGACAUUACUAUGGCAACACAAAGUACCUGACCUGUUAACCUAUGGGAACAUUCAACUGAGGAAAUUCGUAUCCAUUAAACGUUCCUGACAAUAAAUGAAUUUAAACGAGUAAACUGCCUUGUCGCAACAGUAUUUAUUGUUUCGAGUUCUUCGUUCUUUUCACACACGCCAACCACUUUGAUGCUAGUGUUUGCCUGAUUCAAUAGGAUAUUGCCAUAGCAACGCACAUUCAAAGAUAGGCCUGCCACCUGUAACUGAUGAACCGUUCGUGUUUUUGUUAUUAAAAACAGCUUUUGUUAUUGCGUCACAAGAAAUACAUGUUACUGGCGGUAGAAGUUCUACACUAUGAAAAAGCAAGCAUCAAGUUUUCUAGAAAACGGAGACAAUAAUUAAGGGACUUAUCAAAGUCUGCUUUACAUUUGUUAGAGCUGCGCAAAAUUCCCCUUACUUGAUCUUAUUUUAAUAUUUCCAAUAUAUAUAUAUUUUUUAUCUUUUCUUUCAUCGUCCUUAUUUCGAGAAACACCUCGAUUUUUGUAACCUGUUAUAUAGGCUCCGAGAUAGUAGUGCAGCGGGAGAAGGGACAGAGAGGACCAUAUUUUUUUCCCGCCGCUAUCCCCUUUCCUAGAUCGCGUGCGUCUUAUUUUAAAUAGGUUUCCUUCUUUUAUCUUACCGAUGUCCCUACUUUGAGAUCCUACGCAGUAUACCCGUAAGUUCAACAUGGAUGAUUGAAAACAAGCCUAAAAUUUCGAAUUUAUUAGGUUUGCACAAAAUCUAGUUAUUAGCAGAUUUGUCGGCGUUUUAUUGCAUGACUUGACAAAAUAGCUAUUAAUCUUUAACUAAAACAUGUUUUUAGGUCUAGUUUAGGUGCCACUUUUGAGAAUUUUGAGAUGUUUUUUAGGCAUUUUCUCGUGCAGUUUGCUUUCUUAAUUGGAUUAGCGAAAUAAAGACGACCAGUUUUUGCUGAUUACAGAA